AGGGCAGAAUGAAGCCUUGUCACCGCUUCACAGUGAUGUUGGCAGCAAGGAGUGCGUUGAUGGUGAUGAUGGUGGUGGUGGUGGAUGUGACCUCAGCAGAGCCCAAGCAGAACUUCUGUUCCAACUCGACGGUGUUACGCACUCGGACGCAGUGUCACUCCUGCACUAUCAGCAUCAUGACUCGCUGCCCUUCUGGCUUCAAACAGACUCCAGGAUCAACAGCCAAAGACUGCCUAUACUACAUCCGAACUGCCACACUUCAAAUGGCCUUAAUGGGCUGCUCCUUCGAGUGUUACAAGGAUGCGGAGGUGAAACAGUGCUGUCCCGGAUUCUGGGGACCCGACUGCAAUGAGUGUCCGGAACAAGCUGAACGCCCCUGCAGCAACAGAGGAGUCUGCUCUGAUGGAAUAGGGGGAAAUGGCACAUGCAGCUGUCAGGAUGGUUUUGCGGGAACUGCCUGUGAAGACUGCCAGCCGGAUCGCUACGGGCCCACUUGUAGCUCAGUCUGUUCGUGCGUUCACGGAUUGUGCGACGCCGGACUGAAAGGAAAUGGACGAUGCACCUGUCUCUCGGGUUACAAGGGUCCCAACUGUAAUCAAGAACUCCCGGAAUGUGCCAGUCUGGGCUGCAAAGCAAACUCGCGCUGUAUUGAAGAAGCGCUGACUGGACGCCUCAUGUGUCAGUGUCUCCCAGGGUUCCAGACAGUGGGAUCCGAGUGUGUGUCCAUUAAUCCAUGUUUAAAGAAAGUCUGUCACGACCAAGCCACCUGCGUCCACACUGGGCCGAACAAACACAUGUGUGCUUGUAACCAAGGUUACAGAGGAGAUGGACGUGUCUGCAUGGUGGUGAAUCCCUGCCAGACCAACAACGGUGGAUGCAACCCACUUAAUGCUCAUUGUGCUUUUGUCGAACCUGGUAAAUCCAAAUGUAUAUGUCGCCUGGGAUUCGAAACAUCACCAAACGGCAGCUGCGUCCUCAAGGAAUUGUGUCAACCAAACUCAUGCCACCAGAACGCCAACUGCAGUACUGUCGUGCCGGGACGCAUCAAGUGCACCUGUCGCCAGGGUUACGUAGGCGACGGGAAAGUGUGUUAUGGCAACAUCAUGGAGCGACUAACUGAACUGAAUACUGACCCUGACAGCCAGUGGCGGGGUCAGCUGACCAUGGCCAGGUCACUCUUCGGUAUCAUUAGUUGGCAAAUGCAGAACCUGGGUCCUUUCACAGUGUUUGUCUCUGUAAACAAGGGCUUCAGAGGAUGGCCUGCGAGCUCGGUGAGCCACAACUCCUCCAAAGCGAAUUACUUGUGUAAGAUGCAUAUGGUGCCAGGAGCGAUGUCCUUAGAUGCUCAGAAAAGUGACACUUUCUACACUCUGACGGGAAAAUCGGGGGAGAUUGACUCCUCCUACGGGGAGAGUCUACUGAAAGUCCGUCUCUACGGCAGCAAAAGAAAGAGCCUCGUCCUCAAGUCUAACCUUCUAGCUUCAAACGGAAUCAUCCACAUUAUCAGCAAGCUCAUGGACGUCGUCGAACCGACCGUAGAGAGUGAUGUUUCGAAAAGCCUGUCGAAGAUCAUUUCUGAGUACGGAAAGUUUGAUACAUUCAAAUCUUUAUUGGACAAGGCAAACAUGGCAUCUCUGCUGGAUGGUACAGGCCCCAUGACCGUCUUUGCUCCUACCAGCACAGCAUUCACAGGGAUGCCAGAUGGUUAUUUGGACUACAUGAGUGGCCCUGACAGUUCACCGAAGAGGUUGGAACUGCUCCGACACCACAUCAUCCCAUCUGUAGCCCUGGAUGCAUUUAAUGUUGCUUCAAACCCAAGCUUCAUGUCAACAGCCAAUCAGCUUCUGAUGAUCAAUAUAACAGAUUUGGGUCGAAUCGUGGUGAACGGUGCAGCUGUUACGGAGGCGGCGGUGGAGGCCAAGAACGGACGACUCUAUGUGCUGGACGCAGUCAUGAUACCUCCAUCCAUAGAGCCAGUUUUACCCCAGAGAUGUGACGUCACAGAGAGCAAGAUUAAGCAGGGUGAAUGUAUGAGCUGCUCCAAUGCCAGACAAGCCAAGUGUCCAUCAGGCAUUACCAUGCGCUUCUUUGUGCCUGGGUGUGUUUACUUAUCAACUGUCAGUGGGACUGCCAUCCCCAUGAUAGGCUGCUCUCUCCACUGCAAUAGCACAGUCACGACUCCUGCGUGCUGCAAAGGUUUCUACGGUACAUCCUGCGCUACCUGUCCAGGUGGGCAUUUGAAGCCUUGCUCAGGUCAUGGUCAGUGUCUCGAUGGCCUCGAAGGAAAUGGGACUUGUAUUUGUCACCCUAACUAUGCUGGCUCCCGCUGUCAGUACUGCACCUCCCCCAACAAAUAUGGACCAAAUUGUGAUAAAACAUGUCGGUGCAUCCAUGGGACUUGUGACAGUCGACCAGACUCCGACGGAAGAUGUCAGCGGUACACGUGUCAACGCGGUUUCAUAGGACUUCUCUGUGACCGCCAGGUUAAACCCUGUGGUGACAAGGGUCAGUACUGCCACGCUCAUGCAGACUGUGAUUUUAGUCAGAGCUCCCGGAGGUGUGUAUGCAAACCUGGUUACCAAGGCGACGGCAUCACCUGUGUGGAAUCUGAUCCAUGUGCACCUCCUCUGAGAGGUGGCUGCAGCAUCCGCAGCAAGUGCGUACGGACUGGACCGGGGAAUUACACCUGCGAGUGCCUGACAGGAUAUACUAAGGAUGGAGGAGACUGUUCUCCCAUAAAUAACUGUAAUAAUCCAGAUAAUGGUGGCUGCCACCCAAAUGCCACCUGCAUCUUUGUGGGUCCGGGACAGAGUGACUGCAGUUGCAAAGGUGGCUAUAAAGGGAAUGGACGAGAAUGUGAGCCAGUGAACCAGUGCAUCAGUCCAGAGGGAGGCUGCCAUUAUCUGGCAAGCUGCCUCCUGCUGUCCUAUCGAUGGACAUGUGUCUGCAAUGAAGGAUAUGUAGGAAAUGGAAAAAUCUGUUACGGCUCAGUCAUGCAGGAGCUGAUGGUGCUUCCAGAUGCCUCUGAAUUCUACUCUUGGACCAUAAAUUCUGCUCUGUCUGACUUGCUUUCAGGUCCAAAUGUCACCCUACUACUCCCAUCUUCCUUCAACAUCAACCAAAUGUCUUCAGAUGACAAGCAUUACUGGACAUCCAAAGGAAGCCUGCCAAGUCUCAUCAAGAAUCAUAUCAUCCCUGGCAUCUUCCCACUGCUAAACUUCUCCAACGUUUCCUCUGUGACAACACUGCUCGAGACCUCGCUCCCUGUUUCCAACAGUAAUGAGCGGACUCUUGUUGGAGGUGCUUACAUCACCACAGCAGACAUUGCUGCAACUAAUGGAGUGAUCCACUUCAUAGAUCGGGUGCUGAUGCCUGAUCGAAAACUGAGCGAAGGUUUGCUGGCAACCCUGCAACUGCAUGGAUUUUCUCUGUUCCGAUCCUAUCUCAUUCAAUACAACCUCACUGAUGAGAUUGAAAAGGCCAGUGGCUUCACCGUCUUUGCUCCGUGUGAUGCAGCUAUCAAUGACUACCUCAAGAAAAUAGGAAAAAGUGAACUUGAUGUAAAUACAACUCGCUACCAUGUGGUGGUGUCUGACAAGUUGUUGAAGACUGACCUUCAGGGUGGAGGAUACAAAGAAACCAUGCUUGGGUUCAACUUUCAGCUCGGCAUCUACCCCAGAGAUGGACAGCUCUUUGUGAACGAAGCACUGAUGAACACAUCCAAUUUUCUGACUGGAAAUGGAGUCAUUCACAGUGUGUCAACUGUUCUCCCGAUCAGGUGGAACCGCUGCGAUGAAGCCAAGUACUUAAAAGAAGUGGGACCAUGUCUGGAUUGUUUGUUUCCAAGUGGCGAGAUUUGUCCAAAGAAUUCAAUUCCAGAUAAAUCUGCGAAAAUAAGGAGAUGUAUGUACAGAGGCACGUUCCAUGGCCAGCGACUGAUGCACAUGGGCUGCAAAGCUACCUGUCUGAGUGUCAACAUAAAGCGUAAAUGCUGCAGUGGUUUCUUCGGGCCACAAUGUGAAUCGUGUCCUGGAGCCUCUGGUCAGGUCUGCUUUGGCAACGGCGUUUGUUUGGAUGGCACCAAUGGUACGGGAGUCUGUCAGUGCAACAAAGGGUACAGCGGAACUGCCUGCGAAAUUUGCGAGACCGGCAAAUAUGGCGUCCACUGUGAUCAGGACUGCAAGUGUAAGAAUGGUCGCUGUAACGACGGGAUGCAGGGAGACGGGACGUGCGAGUGUGACGUUGGCUGGAGAAGUGUCUUGUGUGAUGAAAAGAUCCAAUCCACAGCAGAAGAACUGUGUGGCCCGGUCAAGUGUCACACAAGUGCCAAUUGCGUGUACCGGACAUCUCAACCACAAUGUCUUUGCGCUGCCGGGUUUGAAGGAAAUGGAACCUUUUGCAAAGCGAAAGAUAAGUGUGCACUGGAUAAUGGAGGUUGUAGUCCAUUUGCUGUGUGCAAGCGGACCCAACCAGGCCAACGAGACUGUGUUUGCAGCAGUGGCUAUAAUGGUGACGGUCUGGUGUGUGUGGAGAUCAAUCCAUGUCUGGAAGGAAACGGAGGCUGCCAUGUCCAUGCAGACUGCAUUCAUGUUGGUCCAAACAAAACGUCCUGCACUUGCAAUGACGGCUACAGUGGAAAUGGGCUCAGCUGCAAGAUGACUGACCUCUGUCUGAAGAACAACGGCGGUUGCCACAAGCAAGCCAGUUGCAGCAUGAUUUCACCGAAUGUUCUAAACUGCACCUGCAAGACCAACUUCAUUGGAGAUGGUUACAUCUGCAGAGGCUCCGUGGCAAAGGAGCUGGUCGAAAAGAAUCGAGAAUUCGUAAUAGGCCUAAUGGCUACAGGCCUUUCCUUGACAGGCCGAGGUCCAUUCACUAUCUUUGCUCCUGAAUCAGAGGUGCUUAAAGCUCAGAGAAGCAACAUGGAGGGCAGCUCGACCUUCAUAUCAAAAGAGGAAAUGCGUACCGUCAUAUACAGCCACAUUGUAAUGUGCCACACUCUGCUGCCCGAUGACCUUCGCAUAGCCAGAAACCUAACAACGCUCUCUGGCCGAGUCGUGACCACGAGGGCCUCACAGGAUAACAUCUCCAUAAAUGCAGCACAAGUAACAUACAGCCAUGACGUCUGCACAAAUGGUAUCUUCUAUGAGGUCAACAAGGUUCUCUACUUCCCCAAAAGUGAUGGCAUUCGCCCUCCGUCUCCACUCAAUCUUUCUGAUGUUGCUGAUCGCCACGGCUACAGAAACUUCUUCAAGCUGCUCCAGGACACGGGUGUGAUAGACCAGAUCCAGGAUCCAAUGUAUCGGCCUGUCACUGUCUUCCUGCCCACCGAUUCUGCCAUGUCAUCUCUGCCCCAGCAACAGAAGGACUUCCUGUUUCACCAGCAGAACCGAGCUGAGCUGCUAGAGUACCUGAAGUAUCAUAUUCUGCUGAACGAAAAGGCAAAUGCUGAGGUCUUGACCCACAUGGAUUCUCCCCGGACCCUGCAGGGUUCCCCCCUCUCCUUCCUCUGUGGCGGCAUGGAUGACAUUGGUGAAAUUUUUGUCAAUGAUGAGAAGUGUCGGAUCGUUCAAAGACAUCUGGUUUUCAACGGUGGCAUCGCCUACGGGAUCGACUGUCUGCUGACCCCACCCAGUCUUGGUGGACGCUGCGACAAGCACGUGACCUUUGACCUUCCGAUGAACUGUCGAGCAUGCACAGGAAACCCUUACUGCCCGCGAGGAUCAACUUUAAAGGAGGUCAACAAGUGUGACGCACCCUUUUUUCAAGUCACCAAGAACUCUGGCUGUCGUAGCAUCUGCACUACCAACAUUUGGCAGCCAAAGUGUUGUCCAGGUUACUAUGGACGGGACUGUCAGGUGUGUCCCGGUGGCGCCCGUUCUCCCUGCAACAACCGUGGUCAAUGCGAUGAUGGUCACCUUGGAAACGGAACGUGCACCUGUGUCCCAGGAUUUGGGGGUCUGGCCUGUGAGCAGUGCACUUCAGGCUUCUUUGGGACAAAGUGUCAAGCAUGCAACUGCACGGAGCAUGGGUCAUGUGAUGAUGGUCGAAGAGGCACUGGCUUGUGCUUCUGCGAGUUAGGUUGGACCGGUCAGCGCUGUGAGACCAAGCUUGACGUCAUCCCGGUUUGUGAUCCUGCUUGUUCCCCAAAGGCCAUCUGUCAGGGAAACAACACCUGUGUUUGUCGGCCUUUUCACGAUGGAGAUGGUUACUCCUGCACAGUUGUGGAUAUGUGUCAAAUCUGGAAUGGAGGCUGUGCCCCGGAUGCCAAGUGUUCCCAGGUGGGCGAUCAUGUGACCUGCACAUGUCCCAAGGGUCAUUCAGGAGAUGGCUUCACCUGCCAGCCGAUCGACCCGUGCACAGAGGACAACGGCGGCUGCCAUGAGCACGCAGACUGCACCAUGACAGGGCCUGGGAAGCGAAGGUGCAGCUGCAAAAACGGAUUCAUCGGAGACGGGGUGACCUGUGAGGUCAAACAGCUGCCUAUCAGCCGCUGUCGCCAGGACAACGCCGGCUGUCACUCAGAUGCCCGGUGCACUGAUCUCCAUUUUGAAGAUUCAACUCUGGGUGUGUUCCACCUGCGCUCUGCCAAGGGUCAGUACAAACUGAACUUCAAGGCAGCUGAGCAGGCCUGUACUGACGCUGGAGGAAGCCUGGCCACGUAUAAUCAGUUGUCCUACGCUCAGCAGGGUGGGAUGAACAUGUGUGCUGCUGGCUGGUUGGACCAGGCGCGGGUGGCCUACCCCACCACAUACUCCAAUCCCAAAUGUGGAUUUGGACACGUGGGGAUCGUGGACUAUGGUGUUCGUAAAGACCUCGGAGAGACCUGGGACGUGUUCUGCUACAGGAUGAAAGAGGUUCGAUGCGAGUGUAAGCUUGGAUACGUUGGAGAUGGAUACAGCUGCACGGGGAACCUGCUGCAGGUGUUGAAGUCCACACCAACCUUCUCUAACUUCCUCACUCAAAUCCUCAACUACUCUCGCACAUCUGACUUGGGAAAACGCUUUCUCAACCGUCUUGGCGACAUCACUGUCCAGUCAACGCUGUUUGUCCCAGACAACGACGGCCUGAUGGACAACCAGACCUUGUCUCACCGUGACUUAGAAUCCCACCUGUUGAACGGUAUGGCGCUUCCUCUCAGUCAGCUGACCAAUGGCCGCCGUCUUGACACGGGAGUUGGCCGCCUCACUGUUCAGGGUGUCGUUGAUUUACUGGACCCGACAGCUCUGUCAUCACGUUAUGUCAACAAUCAGUUCAUCACCCAGGCUGACAUCCAGGCAUCUAAUGGGAUCAUACACGUCCUCCAGGGCCCCAUAAGGGCCCCGCCCCAGACUCAAGCGCAGCAACAUGUGGCCCACAAGGCGGGGAUGGGCGUGGGUGUGGUGCUGCUGAUAGCCGUGGUGACCGUUGCUCUGUUCGUGGCGUACCGCUUCUACCGCCACAACACCAAACCGUUCCGGUUCCACUACUUCAAAGAGGAUGACAAUGAAGAGGAGGAACCUUCACCUCUAUCAGGGGGUCGCAGCAUCAGCAAUCCAGUUUACGAACCAGGCCCGGAGGAGUCCGGUGUUCACGAGAUCAUGGCAACUGCAGAGAAGCUGACUGAGGCAGCGGAGGCACCUGACCUGCUGCAGAUUGGAUGAGACAGAUGACCCGACUGGAACGCAUCGAACAUGUGACCUCACCCUGAUCAAACUUUCCCCAUGAUCUGUAGUAU